AUGACUCGCCUCGGUUUCCGCAACGGCAUCUACCACUGCGAGGCUCGCAUUGAAAACUCCGUGGUUGAAUGGCGAUUCAAUUCACAAGGCAUCCCUUCCCUUGAGCCGCGUCAAGAUCACAAUGGUAAGCCCGCAGAGUCAUGGCUCAUCGAGAUCAACACCCGGCCUCCAGGCGGCGACACUUGCGACUUCAUCGAGACUACGUGGGGCGUCGACUAUUGGGCUCUCUUGCUCGUCACAAAGCUUCGCGACUCCUCAGCAUGGGUACACGCGCUUUCGCAGCCGUAUCGCGAUGGAGCCCAAUACUACGCCGAUAAAGUGUGGAUCAUUGCCGACUGGGACCCACCAAAGAAGGGCAUCUGGGAGUCUGGUAACAUCACGGAAGAGCUAUUACAGCGGCGCCCAGACCUGGCCAAGCAUGUGUCUCAGCAUCGCACCUUUGCGAAAAAGGGCGAUCAAUUGCGCCAUCAGUCUACUGGAGCAAACAGCUUCGUAGCUUACUUGCACAUAUUCUCCAGACAAAAUCGACCACAUCUCCUUGAGUUAGCGAAUGAGAUUCGCAACGAGCUUCGUAUAGAAAUUUCCUAG